AGCCAAACUGAUAUACAGAUUUUUAGGGGGGACAUAAUUCAAACCAUGACAAUGGCCAUUUAUGUGGUUUUUCAUUUUCGAGAGUGUUGAUUCAUCAUUUAGGAUGACUGUUUAUUUUUCAAAGGCUCUUAACAUUUAAGCUUUGAAAUGUCCGGAUCCCAGGUACCCCCAACUCCCCUAUAUAAAUGCAUUCUGCUCCAUCUUUCUAUUGCAAAAAUUCAUGGGUGUGACACAAUUAUCAUGGAGCCUAGAGCCCAAAGAACUCCACCAGUGCAAUGGCGCCUUCUGUAAGCAAAAAGCGAGUGGUUGUAUGGAUGGUGUUUUCCUUUCCAAGUUUAGGAACAAGGAGUCUUCCUUGGGUGGGGCCCACCUGGCACGUGGGGAUGAGAUGCCCUCUUGGCAUCGUCACCCUGGAGUUUGCUACAAUGAGGGCUGUGGUCCCUACCCCGGGGACAGCCCUUUGCCUGGGUUUGCCCUAGGUGUCACCUCGAGAGAGUGCUGUGGGACUGUGCUCCAGUCACCAGGGAUAGCAGCAUCAGCCUUCAGCAUUUGGGGGCACAGGCUUUCUGCAUGCUCCCCCUUGCUCCGGUUCUCACUUGGAACACUUUUGAGUUUGCCUUUCCCGCCUGGAAUGCAGCUUCGCCUGUGCUUGUUUCACACGUACAGGGGGCAGAGGAGGGUGGGUUAGCGAGAGUUCUUGAGGACCCAAGAAUCUUAUUGUCAAGAGGGGCCAGGCCACAUCCCCAGACACCAAGAACCCUUGGUGGCCGCUCCCGUUGGAGGAGGUUUGGCUGCAGCUGCUCCCUGCCCUGGGCCCGCCACCCAGUCUGGGGCACUGGGGGCAGUGGCAUGCUCUCUAAUCCACCACCACUCAGCAUUUCCCGUCUGGACAGCAGCAGCUCCAGGGCUGGGCGGUACCAUGUUGUCCAUGACGUACAGCGAGAGCCUGAGGAGUGUGAGCAGCAGGUGCCACUCCGACUGGGCCCUGCACCCCGUCCGCCAGACGGACAUGCUGGAGCUGCAGCGCCUGCGAGAGGUGCGUGCGGCCGCCCAGGCCAGGAAUAUGGAGAGCUUCCUCCGCAUGCACGGACUCUCCCUGGACAGCUGCACCGCCCAGCGCACGGGCAUGAAGUAUCGGAAUCUGGGCAAGUCUGGCCUGCGGGUCUCCUGCCUGGGGCUCGGAACAUGGGUGACCUUCGGGGGCCAGAUCACCGACGAGAUGGCAGAGCAGCUGAUGACCUUGGCUUACGACAAUGGCAUCAACCUCUUCGAUACGGCAGAGGUCUACGCUGCGGGCAAGGCUGAAGUGGUCUUAGGAAACAUUAUUAAGAAGAAGGGCUGGAGACGAUCCAGCCUUGUCAUCACCACCAAAAUCUUCUGGGGUGGAAAGGCGGAGACAGAGCGAGGCCUGUCCAGGAAACACAUCAUUGAAGGUCUGAAAGCCUCCCUGGAGCGGCUGCAGCUGGAGUAUGUGGACGUGGUGUUUGCCAACCGCCCAGACCCCAACACACCCAUGGAAGAGACCGUGCGCGCCAUGACCCACGUCAUCAACCAGGGGAUGGCCAUGUACUGGGGCACGUCACGUUGGAGCUCCAUGGAGAUCAUGGAGGCCUACUCGGUGGCCCGGCAGUUCAACCUGAUCCCGCCCAUCUGUGAGCAGGCUGAGUACCACAUGUUCCAGCGUGAGAAGGUGGAGGUACAGCUGCCGGAGCUGUUCCACAAGAUAGGAGUAGGUGCCAUGACCUGGUCCCCUCUGGCCUGUGGCAUCGUUUCUGGAAAGUACGACAGUGGCAUCCCACCCUACUCAAGAGCCUCCUUGAAGGGCUACCAGUGGCUGAAGGACAAGAUUCUGAGUGAGGAGGGCCGGCGCCAACAGGCCAAGCUGAAGGAGCUGCAGGCCAUUGCUGAGCGCCUGGGCUGCACCCUCCCUCAGCUGGCCAUAGCCUGGUGCCUGAGGAAUGAGGGGGUCAGCUCCGUGCUCCUGGGGGCUUCCAGUGCAGACCAGCUGAUGGAGAACAUCGGAGCAAUACAGGUCCUUCCAAAAUUGUCGUCUUCCAUUAUCCACGAGAUCGAUAGUAUUUUGGGCAAUAAACCCUACAGCAAAAAGGACUACCGAUCCUAAAAAACCCCCGCCCCGGCCGCUGGGACAGUUUCAUUAUCCUCCUAGUCUCUGUUCGCUCGCUUGCUUAAGCUGUUUUGAAGCAAAGGGAAAAGUGUGGUUUGCAUCCAAAAGACACAACACAGCCAAGAGGCUGCACGGACUUGAAGCUGGCGAGCCAGCCAAUGGGGGAAGGACACUCAGUGGCCUCUGCUCAUCCUCGAAGAAGAACCCCCGUUUCCUCCCAGCUGCGGUCCUGCACCCACACUCCCUAAGCAAGGCCCAGGGGACCUGGUCGGGCCCUCGGGGUAGGCAGGGUGGUCUUUCUCUGCCGGGACCACCUGGUGCUGGGGGAGGGGGAGAGUAGUACUGUAAAAAGAAAGCAGGUCUGGCUCCUCCUGUGCCGCCCUCUGCUGGGCCCUAAGCUUUGGGGGCAGGGCCUCCCCCAACCGCCUUUCAAGGUCUCCAGUACUGUUCUG